CGUAAACCCAAAUGCCCGAGCCCCAAUCCUCGGAUCCAAAACCUGCGGAUACUCCAUCCGUAGUGUCCAAGGCGGAGCCCCCGGACCUCACCUUUAAAAACGUCAUGCGUGACAUCUGGGAGGGCAUCUACGCGUUGCUCUACACCCCGUUCUACAUUCGCUUAGUGGCGCCAAUUCUCGUCCUUGGGGAGUCUGUCGCGGUGAAGGCGAUCAUUGCCCGUGUACCAUACACUGAAAUUGACUUUAAAGCGUACAUGCAACAAAUUGCCCAGAUCAAAGCCGGUGAGUUGGACUACGCGUACAUCUUCGGCGACACGGGGGCCUUGGUUUACCCUGCGGGCCACGUCCAGAUCUACUAUUACCUCAUCGAUUUUCUCACGUACCACGGUGAAAACGUGAUCAUGGGCCAAAAGUUUUUUGGUUGGGUGUACGUGAUGACGUACGCCUUGUGUGUGGUAGUCUACGCCAUGGCAGACAUGCCCCCAUGGACUGUUAUGAUGUUGGUGCUCUCGAAACGGUUGCACUCGAUCUACGUUCUUCGAAUGUUUAACGACUGCUUCACCACCCUCGCGAUGGUAUUAUGUGUCUUUUUUCUUCAGCAGGCGGCGUCCUACAAGAAACAAACGAGAGUGAGCUCCUUGUUGACGUACUCCGCCUCCAUUGUAUUCAGUUUCGCAGUGUCCAUCAAGAUGAACGCCUUGUUGUACUUGCCGGGCUUUUUCGUUGUCUUGUACCUUCUAACUGACGAGGUUUUCAGCACCUUAAUGUGCCAUUUGGGCGUCAUGGCCGCGACCCAGAUCGCUAUCGCCUGGAGCUUCCUCCAGCCCUUAACCUACACACCUGCGGCCCACGCCAUUAGAAUGAACUAUCUUGCCGGUGCCUACGACUUUUCUCGUCAGUUUUUGUACAAAUGGACUGUGAACUGGAAGUUUGUGCUGGAAGAUCUCUUUCUUGACCACCGCUUCGGCUUUGCAUUGUUACUCAUACAGGUGGUUUUCCUUUUGGUUUUCAUCUUCUCCCAAGCGGUCACCCACAAAACCUUGGGCAAGUCUGUUUCCCAGACGGUGAGAGAUUUCUUCCGAAUCGCAACCCCCACCCUUUCGCCAACGGCCAUUAUCAACGACCCUAGCCGUGCGCCACGUUUCGUGGUGUUUGUAAUGGUCUUCAGCAACCUCAUCGGUGUGCUCUGUGCGCGUUCGCUCCACUACCAGUUCCUCUCGUGGUACGCGUGGCUGUUACCGUUGUUGUUGUCACUCACCGGUGUUGGAAUGUUCGUCUCAACGGGACUCUGGUUACUCCACGAGUGGUGCUGGAAUGUCUUCCCUGCCACAGCCGUUAGUUCCGGAACCUUGAUUGUCAUUCUUGCCUUUGUGGUGGGCGCCGUCUGGAAGAGAGGCGAUGCUAUCUUCCAGAUGACCGUCGAUGAAGAGAAGAAGGAUCAAUAAGGCCCCUCGAUGGUAUCUUAUAAGACUUGAUGAAAUAUAUCAAUACCUAUUUGUAAUAAUUACAACUAAUGCUACGCAUGCAUAUA